AUGGGCUGGGUUGCUUGCUCUUUAGCUGUAGCUUUAGCUACUGUACCUCUCAUAACACAGGCAUCGACCCUCACACCACCUGUUUUGCCUCUCAUUGUCCGCAAUCCUUAUUUAAGUACUUGGCUUGGAAAUGCGAGAGGUAAGCCAUGGGAGCAGUGGCCCAUAUUCUGGACAGGGCAAGAGGUGGGACUUGGUGUGAUGGCGUCGGUACCGAGUAGCAAUCAGAUAUUUCCGUUACUCGGAAGGCCACAAGACUCUCUGCCCAAGACAAGUGAAAGUUUUAGUGUUAUCUAUCCCGACUUUCAAGGAGCGACUUUUGAUGCUUCGACCACGAAUUUGACCUACAAUAUUUCUGGGCCCAAUGAUUCACCGUACGAUGCACAAAUCACCCUCUCAUUUCUCUCUCCUAUCACGCCCACAUCUACUAUUCGACAAACAAUUCCCGCCUCUUAUUUGACAAUUUAUGCUACUGGUAGCUUCCAGAUAGAUAUCUAUGUAGAUGUUAAUGGUCAAUGGGUUAGCGGGAAGCGAGAAAGCCCGAUCGUUUGGGAGCUGAGCAAAUCUCCCGCCGGCUUAGGUGAUAAUAAGUCAUCCUCACUAGUCACUUGGAAGGUUAGACGAUGGGCUGAGCAGCUCUUCACAGAAGACGCAGACCGCUCGGAGUGGGGGACAUUAUAUUUCUCGGCUCCUUCUGGCGUCAGCUACGAAGCUGGCACUUCAGCUCUCUUGCGCCAAAAGUUUGCACGAACUGGAACCCUUCAGAAUCUGGUUGACGACAGAUAUCGCCCAAUCAUGCAAGACGAGCCGGUCUUCGCAUUUUCUAGGUCCUUUGCCCUCAGGAAGAUAGGCAGUCGUAUGUCAGGUGACAGUUUUACUCUAACAUUUGCACAUUUACAAGAUCCGGUUAUUCAGUUCGCGUCGGCUCAAGGAUUGACCACAAUGAGACCGUUAUGGGCUUCAUAUUAUCCUAGCUCCGCUAGCCUCAUCCAAUUUCAUUAUGAUGACUUUGUCAAGGUCUCAGGGCUUGCUAGUAAUUACUCGACGCAACUUGAAAAAGAUGCACUCGCUUCGGGAUCGGAGGACUACAAAGAUAUUAUCGCUCUGAGUGCACGACAAGUAAUUGGAGCCUGCAGUUUUGCAGGAACCGCCGAAGACCCUCUGAUAUUUUUCAAAGAGAUCUCCUCUGAUGGUAAUAUGAACACAGUAGAUGUCAUAUAUCCGGCAUUUCCAUUCUUCCUCUACACCAAUCCGAAAUGGCUGGCGUGGUUGAUGGAACCUCUGAUGGAGCACAUGUUAAGUGGCCAGUACCCGAAUAAUUACAGCAUGCAUGAUCUAGGGUCUAGUUUCCCCAAUGCCACCGGCCAUCCAGAUGGCCGGGAUGAAUACAUGCCAGUAGAAGAAUGUGGUAAUAUGCUAAUUAUGGGAUUAGCGCUCGUUAAUUCAUUGAAAUAUGCUAAGAAGCCGGUCAGUCUUUGGUCCGCCAGUGGGAACGAAAAUUAUAUUGAGUCACACGCUGGUAAAUUCUCGCUUCACGUCGAUCGUGAUGGCAUGGAUGAUACUUUUGGUGGAUCUGUUCAUGCAAAAGGGGAAAAUCAAGCACGAAGGUGGGUGGAGCGUUCCUAUAAACUUUGGAAGCAGUGGGCAGGAUUUCUUGUCCGAGAGGCUCUUGUACCAGCAAACCAACUUUCUACCGAUGAUUUUGCUGGUUGGCUUGCCAACCAGACUAACCUGGCUCUCAAAGGGAUAAUUGGGAUACGAGCUAUGGCUGAUAUUUCAGCACUGGUCGGUGAAAAUGAGGACACGCAAUAUUAUUUAAAUAUCUCAAAGACCUACCUCGACUUGUGGCAGAAUGACUACGCAAUCUCCCGUGAUGGUACACAUGCAAAACUCGCCUAUACUUGGUACGGUAGCUGGACCACGCUAUAUAACUUAUUUACCGACGCAUUGCUCUGUUUUCACAUACCAAUGAAAUCGAGACCUCUCAAUGCUCCAGGCCCACUGCAGGCAGCUCUUGUGGAAACAAGGACAUCACGAACAGCGUUUGUGGACGAGAAAAUUUAUAGAAUCCAGAGUGACUGGUAUCGCGAGGUCAGACAGCGUUAUGGACUCCCCCUGGAUAGCAGGCAUUUGUAUGCUAAGAGUGACUGGGAAUUUUUUGCUGUUGCAGUGAGUAGUCGGCAAGUGCGUGAGGAUGUUGUGCAAUCUAUCGCGCUAUGGGUGAAUGAAACCUCUACAGCUGUCGUUGAUACCAAGAUAGAUCGUCCCCUCACAGAUUUGUAUGAUACAGAGGGUACGGGUGGCUAUCCUGGAUUCACAUUCAGAGCUCGCCCGGUAGUUGGGGGGCAUUUUGCAUUUCUAGCGCUGGAAAGAGCGUGUGACGGGGAAGCAGUUGCGGCACUCUCUUUCCUAGAUGAAGUGACGCCUGUAGAAGACGAAAGAAUCGAGCUAUAA